CCAGGAUUCUGGUUCUUUAAUGCUUUGAUGAGGAUAAGAACUCAUGAUGUCAUCACACGAUGUCACAGGAUGCUGGAUCUAAAUCUGUGUAUACCAGACAGAAUUUUCAGUCCAAGCACAGUUCGACUCAAUCAGUUUCAACAGUUUGGUUCCGAGAGUAUUAGAAGAUUUUUCCAAGAUCACUUUAUUGUUAUUCCAAAGUACACUUUAGAAGAAAAUAAGACAGGUUACUUUGACAAUGCCAGGUAAGAGAAAACAAAGACGGGGGGGACCGGUUAUAAUCGACCAGGUAGCAAUGCUGGAGAACAUGGAGUAUGACUCCCCAAUUAAAUUCUACCACAGCCCCGUGGACAUCCAGAAAAACUCGCUGGCCAAUUACAUGGAUCAGUUUCAGGGACAAAAGGAUCUCAAACAUCAGACCUCCAACACCGAAGAUCUACAAGCAGAGCUGGAGCAGAAGAAAGCUGAGAUUGAGGCCCAUAAAGAUCAGCUUCAGUUUGAAAAGCAGCAGCAGCAGGCUGUGGAAAAAAACAAUUCGGAGUUGCGAUUGGAGAACAAUCCGUGGAAAAAGAGGGCUCAGCUUCAAGCCGAGAAAGACAAGAAUAGUCACCUCAUGGCUUCACAUGAAGAGGCUAAACAACAUGUUGCCCAGCUGGAGAUGCAAGCUAAAAAACACGCAAAGAAGGGAGAAGAAGUAAAAGCUCUCAAGUUGGAGCUUCAGUCUGCAAAGCAGCAGCAGCAGGCUAUGCAAAAAAACUACUUGGAGUUGCGAAUGAAGAGCAAUCCGUGGAAAGAAAGGGCUCAGCUGCAAGCGGAGAAAGACAAGAAUAGUCAUCUCAUGGCUUCACUGGAGGACGCUGAGAAAGACAAGUCUUCUCUCGUGGCACAGCUGGAAAAAUCCAAGGCCACUCAUCUUGCCCAAGCUGAAGAACACGAGAAGAUGAGAGAAGAAAUGAAGGCUCUCAAGUUGAAGCUUCGGUCUGCAAAGCAGCAGCAGCAGGCUGUGGAAAAAAACAACUCGGAGUUGCGAUUGGAGAACAAUCCGCGGAAAAAGAGGGCUCAGCUUCAAGCCAAGAAAGACAAGAAUAGUCACCUCAUGGCCUCACAUGAAGAGGCUAAACAACAUGGGCUGGAGAUGCAAGCCGAAGAAGACGCAAAGACGGCAGAAGAAGUAAAGGCUCUCAAGUUGGAGCUUCAGUCUGCAAAGCAGCAGCAGCAGGCUAUGGAAAAAAACUACUUGGAGUUGCGAAUGAAGAGCAAUCCGUGGAAAGAGAGGGCUCAGCUGCAAGCGGAGAAAGACAAGAAUAGUCAUCUCAUGGCUUCACUGGAGGAGGCAAAACAACAUCUUACCCGGCUGGAGAUGGAAGCUGAAGAACAUGCGAAGAAGGCUCUGAAGUUGGAGCUUCAGUCAGCAAAGCAGCUUCAGGCUCUGCCAAACGUGAACUUUGAGCUGAAGAGACAUUUUGAAAUUGAGAAAGCUGAAACUCAGAAGCUACACCAUGAGUGUAGACAGAUGGUGGAAACUCUCCAAAAACAUAAAGAAAUCCAGGAUUUCCAUCAAGCCAAAUUGGAAGAACAGAGAGCAGAGACUAACAGGUUUGCAGCAGCCCUGAAAAAAACACAACAUCUGCUGGAGACUGAACGUCAUCGCUUUGAGCAGGAAAAAGAGUCUAUUUGGAAGGAGACACAGAACCCCUCAACCUCCUGUCUGGCUCAACUGAACGGCCAGGUAGACGAAAACAGGAAGCUCGAGGCUGAAGUUGAGACUCUGAAGUUGGAGCUUCGGUCUGCAAAGCAGCUUCAAAACAGAUUGGAGAGCGAUCUGUUGAAUAAGAUGGCUCAGCUUCAAGCCGAGAAAGACCAGAAUAGUCAUCUCAUGGCUUCACUGAAGGAGGCAGAACAAGACAAGUCUUCUCUCAUGGCACAGCUGGAAUUAUCCCAGGCCAACCAUCUCGCCCAGAUAGAGAUGCAGACCAAGGAAAACAAGAACACCAUGACUGAAAUGAAGAAAAAGCUUGAAGAAUGGCAUCGGUCUGCAAAGCAACUGAAAGCAGAGAAGGAGGCCCUCCAAAACGAAUUGGAGGCAAAGAACGACGAGCUCCGUGCUGAAAAGAGGCUGAUUGCUGUGGAAAAAAACAAAAUGGAGAUGGAAUUGGAGAACAUUCUGCUGUAUGAGAGGGCUCAGAUGCAAGCUGAGAAAGACAAGUAUAGUCACCUCAUGGCUUCACUGAAGGAAGCUGAGCAAGACAAGUCUUCCCUCGUAGCACAGCUGGACGAGGGAAAAAGGGACAACACUACCAUUGAGGAUGUUCUUAAACAGGUUGGGAAGCAGCUGGAAAUUGGACAUCUUCAGUGGAAGGAGGAAAGGACUUCCCUUCUGGCACAGCUGGAAAAAUCCCAGGCCACACAUCACGCCCAGUUGAAGAUGCAGGCAGAGAAACACAUUAAUACUGUCGCUGCACUGAAGAAAAAGCUAGAAGAUCAGCUAGAGGAGAGCGAGAAGACCAGAGCAUCCUAUGUAUCUCAACUGGACGAGAAGAAACAGGACAACAACACCGUUGUGGCUGCUCUUAAAGAGGUUGAGAAGCAGCUGAAGAUUGGACAACUCCAGUGGCAGGAGGACAAGACUUCCCUCACAGCACAGUUGGCAAUAACAGAAGCCACACAACUUGCCCAGUUGGAGGUGAAGCAAGAAGAAAAUAAGAACCUCAUGGCUGCUCUGAAGCGGGCUGAGCAGCAGCUGGACAAUCAUCAAAUCCAGUGGAAGGAUGAAAAGUCUUCCUUCCUUCAGAAGCUGCAGGACAAGGAGCAGGAGUGGCAGCAGAACGAGAGCUCCAUGAGAACCCAGCUGGAAGAUCUAGAGAGCCAGAUCGGCAAAAAGAAAAAGAAGUGGUACAGAAAGUUCUUCUAA